AUGUUUCGUUGCUCUACCCAAGUCGCGAGAUUCGCGCCAACCAGAUUUGCAGCAAGAAACGUGCUGUUUUUGAGAGCGCAAUCGUCGAAUGCUGUCAACAGAGCGCAAUUGCCCUUCACUUUUUCGAGUUCGGGACCCUCGGCGAUCAAAUACACAUCUCAACACGAGUGGAUCGCCGCUCAUCCUGACGGAACGGCAUUCGUGGGAAUUACGAAGUACGCCGCCGAUGCUCUAGGCGACGCCACCUACGUGGAGCUGCCCGAGGCCGAGAGUGAGCUGGAAGCGGGAGACUCGCUCGGAUCCGUUGAAUCCGUCAAGUCUGCUUCUGAGAUCUACCAGCCUGUGGGCGGUGUCGUUCUGGAGGGAAAUGAAGCCCUUAACGACUCUCCACAACUUAUAAACGAAGACCCGCUUGGAGAGGGCUGGAUAGCAAAGGUAAAGCUCAACAACGUUGCUGAUUUGGAGACCGACGAACUCAUGUCCUUGGAGCAGUACGAAAAAUCGCUUCAAGAAGACCACUAA